AUGGGCUAUCGACCCGCGUACACGCUCGACAACCCGAUAGCCACCAAUGGUGGACAGAUCGCUGUCGUUUUUGCGAUUCUCAUUGGAGGUGUUCUCCUCUUGGCCAUCGUUGUCGCCGCCAUUUAUUUCGUCUGUGUCGCCAAUAUGAGAAGCGAUGACAAGAAGAGAUUAAAUUCGGGCAGGAAUUCGGCGUCGAAUUGGGCACAACAGCAGCCACAAUACAGAGAGCAACCCUCAUCGACAAUUCCAUACAAUCCUGCGCCAUCGGUCCAAAACUACGAAUUCGGUGGUCCUCCGCGAACUCCGAUCAAUAAUGGAACAUCUUACACACCAGUUCCAUCAGCAACCCCUUACAAUCAACCAAUUCAAUAUGUCCAACAGGGACCAGUGGCCACACCAACCAGCCAGCAGUACAUCAAUCAGCAAAACGUUCCGCAAUAUCAGCCAGACGUGAUUUUCACUCAGGGACCAUCAGGAUAUGUUCAACAGCAGCCCGUUGAGUACACAAUCAACGCACCAGCCAGCUAUCAUCAAUCUUCCGUCUAA